AGUCCACCUUCAGCUGAAUUUCCACCUAAGCCGUUGUCUUCAUCUAAUGUUUCCCGUGCAGCCGAACCACCGCUUAAAACUAAACCUUCGGGUUUAUUGACGAAAGUGGGGGAAGGUGGAAUAGCGGUUCGUCUUUUUAGUAACCAUUUUCGACUACAAACACCUCAAGAUGUGAUAAUUUACGAUUAUCAUGUUCAUUUCGAGCCGAAUGUUGAAUCAUUACGAUUUCGACGCUCACUAAUAUUCCAAAAUCGUGAAAUGUUCAAUAGCAGUUACAUAUUCGAUGGAAGUGAAUCGAUUAAAUCUCUCCAUGAGCUUACAGGACCCAUCACAGUUUCGGCAGUUGAUAAACAUAAUAAUGAAAAUAUUCAGAUUACAAUUAAACCCACAGGACGAAUUGCCUGGGGCCAUCCGGAGAUGAUGCGUUUCUACAACACCCAAAUGAAACGUAACCUGACUCACCUUUCAAUGACUCGACUUGGGAGAAAUUUUUUCGACAAAAAUCAAGCCAAAAGGAUUCCCGAACAUUCUGUUGAAGUCUGGCCUGGAGUUCUAACUGCUAUUAACGAACAUGAUGGAGGUAUUCUUAUGGUGGUAAAUUGUUUGAAUAAAAUAAUUCGAAAGGAAACUGCUCUGGAUAUAUUGAGAAGAAUCUGGUCUCAGAAUCGAGACAAUUUUAAAGACUAUGCUCGACGUGAGCUGGCAGGUUCGAUUGUCAUGUCAAAGUACAAUUCGAAAACCUACCGAAUCGAUGAUAUCAUUUUCGAUAAAAAUCCGGAAUCAUAUUUGUUUGAGCGAAAAGGAGAAUCUAUUAAUCUUGUUACUUAUUACUUCACUCAAUAUGCGAUUAAAAUUCAAGACACUAAGCAACCGCUUCUCAUGGUUAAUCCAACGGAUCGGCAACAACGCGGUGGGAUAACCAAAGAUCUUGUUCUGGUCCCGGAGUUGUGCCUUCUAACGGGAAUGUCAGAGAAUAUGAGAAACGACUUCAACUUUCGCAAGGAAUUGGAUAAGCACGUUAACCAAUAUAUUACAUAGAUAUACAUUUCUAUUGAUUGGAUAACAAUUAUCUAAUCAUUUACUUUAUAAAAUCAAUUAAUCGUUAAACUGUUUUUCUUUCAUUCUUCAGGUAAAAUUCUUAAACUGAAUCAACUCGAAUGGCAAUUUAAUCAUCACUAUG